AUGGCUUGGAUUUGGGGUGCAAAUGUUAGAAGUAUUCUUAUCUUCAACUCCUUCGAUGUCGAUGGACUUGAAAUUGCCAUGGAUUUCGAUAACAUGGGGCUUCCUAUACAAGACCAUCUUUCAUGGUUUUUCUUCAUGUUAGCUGAAGCUUAA